AUGAAUCAGCCGCAAAUUGAGAAAUACGCAUCGGGUACCAUAUUGCCUGUUGGAUCGCAUCAGGUGAAGGUUUUGAAAUAUCUCGCGAGCGGUGGGUUCGCGCAUGUAUAUUCCGUUGAAAUUAGCCCGCCAGAUCCGGUAUGCCCAGAUAAUGUAGCAUGUUUAAAGAGAGUUGUUGUUCCUGACAAAGCAAGUCUUAACACAUUGAGGGCGGAAGUGGAUUCAAUGAAGGCUCUUAGAGGCAACAAAUUCAUUGUUUCGUAUAUCGAUUCACAUGCCACUAAGUCUCCGGUUAACGUAGGAAUGUAUGAAGUGUACUUGCUUAUGGAAUACUGUUCUGGCGGUGGGCUUAUCGAUUUCAUGAAUACCAGAUUGCAGAAUAGACUUCAAGAGUUUGAGAUUCUCAAUAUCAUGAGUCAAGUGAGUCAAGGUGUUGCUGCUAUGCAUGCUCUGCAACCACCAUUGAUCCAUAGAGAUAUUAAGAUUGAGAAUGUCUUGCUCUCGAAAAAUCAUGAAUUUAAGCUUUGUGAUUUCGGAUCAGUGUCUGGUGUCAUUCGAGCGCCAAGAAAUACAGAGGAGUUUAACUAUGUCCAGUACGAUAUAAUGAAAAAUACAACGGCGCAGUACAGAUGUCCAGAAAUGAUCGACUUAUACCGUGGUUUACCGAUAGACGAGAAGUCUGAUAUUUGGGCAUUGGGUGUCUUCCUGUACAAAACAUGCUAUUAUACUACGCCGUUCGAGAAAAAUGGGGAAUCUGCCAUCUUAGCAUCUAAAUUCGAGUUCCCAGCCUAUCCACGUUAUUCUGAUAGAGUGAAAAAUUUGAUAAGUGUCAUGUUACGUGUAGAUCCUCUGAAACGUCCGAAUAUUUGUCAAGUGGUAGAAGAGGUUUCACGUAUUCAAGGCAUUCCAUGUCCAAUCAAAAACUUUUAUCUGUUAAGAAUGAUGGAUAAACAGGAACAACCAAGGGUGUCGCCACCUCCUCAUGUGCCACAGAUGACUGUGCCGGCAACUGUGCCAACUUCUGUUUCAACUCAGCAUCUGCCCCCCCAAGUUGUAUCAAACGUACAGACUCCAUCGAAAACUGCAUCUAUUCAGCACUUGCCUUAUUUGCAUGUGUCUAAGAGUCAACCUAUGGUCACACAGCAGGAUUUACUCUCACAAAAGCAACCUGCAGGAAAAACAGUUCCUCAGACGGUUUCAAACUACACAAGUUCAGAUCCAUUCUCCAAAAUUGAUAGAUCUGCUCUUUUGUCUACUUCUGCUACAAUGGAAUCACUACCGAGGGCAAUGAGAAUACCACAACUAGAAUAUCAACAGCCUCAUCUUCUGACAAGAUCGCAAUCAGUAGUGCCUAGAGCCUCUGUGAGUCCAGUAAGAAAUGGUAGAGGUGCCAUUUCAAGUAUCUUGGCAUCAAACAGAACAUCCUUAGAUAGACCAAAGUAUGUGGACUCUGAAACUCAAACCAGCGAUCAUCCAUCAGAACUGGGUCUUUCACGAUCUCUGUCUAGAAAAUCAGUCGCAUCAUCUCUGUCUUCUGCGGAAUCCUUGGAAGCUACCUCAACUGGCGGUAGCUUGACUCGUAAAAUAGGUUCUAAGAUGAAAAAAGUUAUCACCGGAGAGAAGAGGGGCUUUUCAACCAUUAGAAGUGCACAAAAUACCGGUGAAAGCGUAAAAUCCGCAUUUAACGCAUUAAGAAAGGGAAUUUCCUCAAUGCAGUUCACUGGUGAUAGCAGUUCCAGAAAAUCAUCUUUAGAAGCAAGAAAGUAUAGAAGUACUUCAGGCAAAUCCAUUCCUGAAAAUACUUCUUCUAACACCAAAUCCCAUAGGCGGUCCACCAGCUCGUUUUCCUUCGUUCCGGAAAAUAAUGACUAUGAAUUGAUCGAAGAUAUACAAAAGGAGAAACCAAAAUCAUCACUGAGAAGAUCCUCUUCCUUGAAAACUUCAUCUUCGAUCCAGAAGCGCGUUAAAGAUCUAAUCAAUGCAGAUGAUAUACCCAAUCGCUCUUCUGCCACUGGAUACGGGAAAUAUACUGAUAUUGGGAGGAAAACCGAUAUAUCUGACCACCAUAAAUCCAAUGCAAAUCGUAAAUCAAGUACAGUGAUCACUCCUGUGCAUGAGGCUCCUAAAUCCAAACCAGCACCGCCACCCAAACCAGCUCAUUUGAAGCCAAAUCUUCCACCUAAGCCUAAACACCUAAAGGCAAAAUCUUUCAGAACAAGCCCAGCAAAAUCCGAAGUUAAAGAGCAGGAUUCCGAUCAAGAUUCUGUGGGUAGCCCUUUCCAAUCUCGAAAAGAAAUGAAAGAGUUUGAAAGAAGAUUUCCAAGUGCAUUAUAG